AAAAAAACGUGUGCAAGGUUGUGGCUGGAUGGAUACCUAUUCGGGGUGUUAGAAUAAAAACAUAAUAUGACUGAACUUCAAAUUAAAAAAGGGCCUCGAAAAAGAUUCGCCAAGAACAGAAAGAAAGCAUGGCGAAAACAUACUGAUAUUAAAGAUGUCGAAGACUUUCUUGAAGACCAACGAAUGCAGCUUAGAACCGGAGGUUUGGUUUCAGAAAAGAAAGAUGAAAACUUGUUCUUUGUAGAAUCUAAGCCUGCUAUAGAAGAACCAGAACAUUCAAAAGGCAGGAGGAAGAGAGUGAAAGUUGAAAAACCAUUAAAAUGCCACAGAAACUUGACGCCCAAUCCAUUUAUACCACCAGUCCACAGUCCAACUUAUACAAAACCGAAGAAGAAAGGAAAGCGAGUAUUAGCAAAAGAAGAAGCAGAAAGGAAGGGUUUAAUUGGUCGAGUGAAAAAACAAAAAUUAGAAAUGGCUGCUGUCCAAAGACAGACACAUAAGCAACUAAAACAAAGGCAAGGGGAAUCCAGAAAAAGUGGUCGGCAAGAAUAUGAUUUAUGGUCUGGUAAAGAAGUAGACAAUGUGAAAUCGCCUGAUGAUGGUGGCCAUUAUUUGACCAUUACAAAACAGAAACGUGUGAAGUGUCGUCGUCAGCACCUUAGCAAGACACCUGUCCCAGCUGUUGAGGUGCUUCCAAGUGGUGCGUCUUACAACCCUUCAUAUGAGGAUCAUCAGGACCUGUUGAAAGAUGCAUUAGUGGAAGCUGUGGCAUGCGAGAAGAAGGAAGCCAAAGUAAACAGAUGGCAUUCGUUUUCCACAGUAGAUGCUUAUGAUCAGCAGAAAAAUUGGUUAAGUGAAAUGUCUGAAGGUCUGUUCAACGAAGAAGAGAAACAGCCAAUUGCUAUAAAAGAGAGUGUUAAGGAGGAUGAUACUGCUGGUAAAACAGGAACAAGAAAAACCAGGCUUCAAAGACAAAAAGAAGCCAAAAUAAAAGAAAUGGAAAACAAAAUACAAAAAGGGAAAGACAAGAAUAUUAAGAUGCAUCAAGUGUAUAGAUUGAAAGCUCUAAAAAAUGAAAUCAAAGAGGAGGAGGACCUUAUGAAAAAGAAAAGGGAGAAGAAAUUGGCAGUGAAGAAACAACUUUCCAAAAAGACCAAACAAAUCGGGCCCCACAAAUAUGAAGCUGUACCAAUCUCUUACAAGUUGAGUGAUGAACUUGUUGGGAGCUUACGGGAACUGAAGCCUGAAGGAGACAUGCUUAAGGAAUGCUACAAGGACUAUGAAAGACGAAAUAUGGUAGAACCGAGAGUUUGGAAGAGAGGAACAAAACCAAAUUUGAAGACGGUCGAAAAAAGGAGUCACAGAGAGGCUAUAGCAUAACAUUAUUUUUAGUCUGUUUUUACAGUUUUAUUCACAUGAAAACAAGUGUAUUAAAUAGCAAAAGCUAAACCGUCAAUCACAUUCUAAGAGUGCAGUUAAUUAGCCAAUUGUUUUUAUUAUUCAAAUAACUUAAUUACCGAUUAUUACAUCUAGCGCUGACCCAUUUACUCGCUUUGAAUUCACGAAAAUAAAAAAAAUAUGGAGCAUA